AUGCAAGGCGUGUAUUUAACGACCUCCGCCGACUACAAUCCUAUCGACCAUCUGAACGCGAUAUUCUCCCAUCCCUCUACCCUCGCCUCCGUUUCAAAUACAUCUCAAGUGCUCCUGGACUACCAAGAUGAACUCGAUCAAGAUAUCGCAAAGCUCACGGAGGCGCAGGUCGCCUCCAAUAGAGAAAGCGUGGAACGCGUCCAAACCGCCAAAGCAGACAUGGCGGAACUCUUCCAGAAGAUCGACGACGUGCGCGAACGGGCGUUGAAGACUGAGCAGGCAAUCACGGAAAUGACGGCAGAUAUCAAACAACUGGAUAAUGCGAAGAAGAAUCUGACGCUGUCUAUGACGACGUUGAAAAGGUUGCAGAUGUUAACGACCGCGUACGAGCAGCUGAAGGCGUUAAGCAAGUCGAGGCAGUACAGGGAUUGUGCGCAGUUGUUGCAGGCAGUCAUUCAGUUAAUGUCGCAUUUCAAGUCAUAUCGAUCUAUCGACCAGAUUGCUACUUUGAGUCGGAAUGUGGCGGAUAUACAAAGGGAGUUGUUGGAGCAGGUCUGUGAAGACUUUGAGAUGAUAUUCGCAAAGGGCGAACUUCAUCAAAAGAAGAACGUCUUAUUCGAAGGAUGCCUGGUUAUGGAAGCACUAGGGGAUGUGGCAAGAUCGAGACUCGUCACUUGGUAUUGCAACACCCAGUUAAGGGAGUAUAGACAGGUGUUUAGAGGUAACGAAGAAGCGGGCUCGCUCGAUAACAUAUCAAGGAGGUAUUCGUGGUUUAGAAGGAUGCUGAAGACGUACGAUGAGGAACAUGCAACAAUCUUUCCGACGUCUUGGAAAGUUGGUGAGAUUCUAGCCAACACCUUUUGCGAAGGGACUCGGGAAGACUUCAAGGGAAUCUUGUCCCGUUCUGUUCAGAGUGGGCAAACCCUUGAUGUGAACUUGCUACUUUCCUGCCUACAGGAAACACUCGAGUUUGAGCAGUCACUCGACAAACAUUUUACAACGGCUUCUCGAGCUUCAAUCGAUACGUUUACUUCAAGUGAAUUGCCUGCGUUCUCCCACUCGAUAUCGGAAGCUUUCACGCCUUACCUCGGCGUAUGGGUUGAGGCCCAGGAUAAGCAGCUAGCUACGCUUAUAAUGAAGUAUCGACAACAACCAGUUAAGCCAAAGGACGAGGAAUUCACUCCACAGCUUGUCAUUCAAUCUUCCACGGACCUCUUUACGUUUUAUCGCCAUUCUCUCGCACAAUGUGCCAAACUAUCGACAGGAAAUAGCCUGGCAGAGUUAUCAAAAGUUUUUGCGAAAUACCUCGAUCAAUAUGCGCAGCAAGUUCUGCUAUUUCACAUCAGUGAGAAAGCCAGUGGGCAAACUCCAUCCAAAACACCGUCCCUGGAGGAGCUCAUCAUGGUUCUAAACACAGGAGACUACUGUUACUCGACCUGCAAUCAAUUGGAGGAAAAGAUCAAAGGCCGAGUUGACGAGACUUUCAAACAGACUAUUGACUUACAAAGCCAGGCGGACUCCUUCAUGGGUAUCGCCAGCGCUGUUGUUCGCAUACUCGUUCGCAAAGUGGAAUUAGAGCUGGAGCCGGCCUGGAAGGAAAUGCGAAAUAUAGCUUGGAGCAAGCUUGACGCCGUGGGCGAUCAAAGCUCCUACGUUGAGGUGCUGUUAACGAGAUGCAAAGGAAAUGCAGAAGAAAUCUUUUCGAUGCUCCAUAAACAACAGUAUGCACGAACCUUCGCAGAUCACCUCGUUGAGAACGUUUCAAACAGCUUUGUUUCCAAUAUUUAUCAGUGUAGACCGAUUUCUGAGACCGGUGCUGAACAGAUGCUCCUUGAUAGCUAUUCAGUAAAGAACGGUCUAUCUAAUCUUCUCGAUCCUGCUCCUGCUGGCUUCUCCAAACGCCUCAACGCUACAUUCCAGAAAGUAGACACGCUCCUGAAAACGCUCCAAGUCCGAACUGCCCCGGCGGAAGCCCUCGUACAAGCUUAUCUCAUUCAUGUCGCCGACAAGAACGACAAUAAUUUCCGCAAGAUCCUCGAUAUCAAAGGAAUACGCGGCAAGGUAGAACAGAAUCGAUUACUCGAGCUAUUCCAGAUCCACAAGGCUUCCGAUCGCCACGCGGCGAAUUUACAGGCGAGUAACCCGCUCAUUGCGCAGCUGCAGCCACAGGCUUCCAUUGUGGCCUCCCAGUCUGGAAAUGUCACUCAGGGAUUGGGGCUGAGUGGCCUUGGAGCUUCUCAAGGCCCGUCUUUGGCGAGUAGUACCCUUCAGACGAGAUUCGAUGCGUCAACAUUUGGGUCAGCGCUUAUAUCUGCCGCCCGAGACGGAGUUGAUAGGCUAGGUACACCAGGUUUGGGGACCUUGGGUGUUAAUCCUGCCUCUGGGGGAGCUGUGAAUAGGACGGGAACUCCACCCCCUGGGGAGGCAGUGACCGCUGUUGGUGAGGCGGGUGAAGGCGGUCUCGCUGCCGCUGGACUCCACGCGGCUAAUUUAAAUGAGAAUCUGAAGAACAUCGGCAAGUUUUUCCGGAGAGAUUUGGGAGGGUUAGGAGGACGAUUUGGAAGAGGGGAUGAUGGUCUGCGAUGAAUUAGGGAUAGUGAUGAUGAAUAUACUGAAUCAUUCUACUGAGCAACUGUAGCCUAUAUUACUAUGACCUGUCAAUAGAAAAUCAUUGGAAAUGUUCUGCAAGCAACGUGUUCAUAUCUAUCUGAUAGAAAAUGAUAUGC